AUGAGCCAAGAAGUAGAUGAAUCACUGUUAAGAAAGGCAAAAGAUGUCACUGCUGGGUUUGCAGGCGGCGCCGUACAGGUUCUCAUUGGCCAACCUUUUGAUCUAGUCAAGGUGAGACUCCAGACGGGACAGUACAACUCUCCAUUAACAGCUGUUAAAGAUACUUUGAAAAAUGAAGGACUGUUAGCUUUUUACAAAGGAACUUUAGCCCCUUUGUUUGGGGUGGGCGCUUGCGUUUCUUUACAGUUUUACGGUUUCCAUGAGGCCAAACGACAAUUGUUGAAAUACAAUUCAGAUAAUUCUGGGACUCUUAGUUUGCCCCAAUUCUAUGCUGCAGGUGCAGUUGCUGGUAUUGUUAAUACACCAAUAACGGCGCCUGUGGAGCAACUUCGUAUUAUUCUCCAAACUCAGAAAGGAAAGAGUGGAUAUCAUGGUCCGCGUGAAUUGGUUAAGCAUAUCGUCAGAGAGAAUGGAUUUUCUGCACUAGGAAGAGGUUUUCAGAUCACUUUACUCAGAGAGAUCCAGGCCUAUGGUGUGUGGUUUUUAGCCUACGAAUGGUUGAUGAAGACAACCACUGAAAAGUGGGGAAUUGCCCGAGAUCAGAUCAGUACUCCCCAGUUAAUGUUAUACGGCGCACUUGCUGGAGAGUUUCUCUGGUUAGGUUCCUAUCCAUUGGAUGUCAUCAAAAGUAGAGUUCAGGGAGACACUUUUGGAUCAACUAGUAAAUACCAUGGAAGUGCUAGAGCCGCUGCCCGUCAUAUUUGGCAAACUCAAGGGCUUAUUGGUUUCUGGAGGGGUAUAGUUCCCACUCUAGUUAGGGCAAUUCCUUGCAGUGCGGCCACUUUUACGACGGUGGAAUGGACAUUAAGGCUGUUAGGCAAUUGA